CACUCUUCUCGCGAGACCAGGAACGUCAGCAUGGCGGUGCUCCUUGAAACGACGUUAGGCGAUAUUGUUAUUGAUUUGUUCACAGAAGAAAGACCCAAAACUUGCCUAAACUUCCUGAAACUAUGCAAGAUAAAGUACUACAACUACUGCCUCAUCCACAAUGUUCAGAGAGGCUUCAUUGUGCAGACCGGAGAUCCCACUGGGACGGGACGUGGUGGAGAGUCUAUCUACAGCAAAAUCUAUGGGGACCAGGCCCGCUUUUUUGAUGCAGAGAAAGCGCCGCGCAUCAAACACAGGAAGAAGGGGACGGUGUCCAUGGUGAACAAUGGAAACGGUCAGCAUGGAUCCCAGUUCCUUAUCACCAUGGGUGAGAACUUGGACUACCUGAAUGGAGUCCACACUGUGUUUGGGGAGGUGACAGAGGGCAUGGAAAUCUUGGACAAAAUCAAUGAGACCUUCGUGGACAAGGACUUUGUCCCAUUUCAGGAUAUCAGGAUAAACCACACGGUGGUCCUGGAAGACCCUAUUGAUGACCCUCCUGAUUUGCCAGUGCCUGAUGGAUCGCCUGAGCCCACCAAAGAGCAGCUGGAUAGCGGGCGAAUCGGAGCGGACGAAGUGAUCGACGAUACGGAUGGGAUGGCAGCAGAGGAGUUGGAGGAGAGGCUGAAGGAGAAAGAAGCCAAGACUCGGGCCAUCCUGCUGGAGAUGGUGGGUGACCUCCCUGAUGCAGACAUGAAGCCUCCAGAGAACGUGCUGUUUGUGUGCAAACUGAAUCCGGUGACCACCGACGAGGACCUGGAAAUCAUCUUUUCUCGCUUUGGGACCAUAAAAACCUGUGAGAUCAUCAGAGACUGGAAAAGUGGAGAUUCCCUGUGUUACGCCUUCAUUGAGUUUGAUAAGCAAGAAGAUUGUGAAAAGGCCUAUUUCAAAAUGGACAACGUGCUCAUCGACGAUCGACGCAUUCACGUAGACUUCAGCCAGUCGGUCUCAAAGAUCAAAUGGAAAGGCAAAGGUGGGAAGUACACUAAAGAUGACUUCAACGCCUACGAGAAGGAUGUGGAGACCCGAUCCAAACUGGACCUCAAGGACCAAGUGAAGCCCAAACAAGAUUCCAAGUACGACCUGAUAAUUGAGGAGGAAGAGGAGGCGGCGAGCCACCGGCCCUCUGAGAAGAAGCACAAGGAGAAGAGGCACCAUCAUCAUUCAGAUGAUGAGGACAGCAGGAAGUCCAAGAAACACAAGGACGACCGGGACAGCCGGCGAGACAGAAAGACGGGACGCCAGCGCUCUCAAUCCCGCUCACGGUCCCGCUCCAGAGACCGGAACCACAAACACGGCAAAUCCCAGCACCAACACGGGAAAGAGGGCCGCGACAAAGGCCACAGCCACAAGGACCUGAGCCGCAGCGGCUCCUCCAAGAGGUCCAAUGAGAAAGAGAGGAGUAGGUACAGGUGAGGCCACAGAGGGGUCAACCGUAUUCAGCAUGAAUUAUAUGGUGUCUAAAUAUUCACGGACCGCCCUCACUCCUGGCUUCCUUUAACAUCACUUUGAGUUUAGAAAAAAAAAUUGGAUGAUGUUUAAGUCCUUUGCCUUGAAGAAGAAAACAUGUUUGCGAAAUGCUUUUUUAACUCUUUAUUAAAAGAAAAUUCCCCAAAA